ACUUUGAUCUCGGCGCACAUGGAUCCCAUUAACGAAUUACUGCCCUUUUUGGACCUCGGAUCACGACUCGACCUGAAAGCUGUUGCUGUGUCACACGUCUUGUCACUCACCGCAAGUCCCGAAGGCAAGAAUCUUCUCUUCACAAACGAGAAACUUGUGGAAUGUUUGGUCAACUUGACAGGCGACAAAUCAGAAGCAAUCGCCAAAGAUGCAUGCCGUGCUUUAAUUAAUAUUUCAUCGGAUGCGGAAGGCGCCGAGUUUCUGUUGAACAAAUUUCCAUCGAAACAUGAUUUAAAAGGCAUCGUUCAACACUGCAUCCAACAAAUUCUCGAUAACGAAUGUCCGACAGCUGGAUUAUUUUGUGCCAUCUUGAGUAACCUUUCGCGCCCGGAGCAUCUCGUUGAACGCGUAAUUGACGUCAUUGAGGGCACGGAGGACACCAUUCAUCGUCUUGUGACGUGCUUCACGAUGCUAACGUACAACAAAAAGGGCUCAAAUCUCGGGUAUUUGGGUCCCAUUUUCAGUAAUUUAUCGCAACAUCAUCGCGGGCGGCAACUAAUCUGCAACCGGCAAGUCGCUUUGUUACAAAGAAUCCUUCCGUUCACGCAUCACGAGGACGAUGUGAUACGACGAGGAGGUGCUGUUGGCUUAGUGAAGAACGUUUGUUUUGACUCGACGUUGCAUGAAUGGCUUUUAUCGCCAAAAGUCGACGUUUUGCCGUAUUUGUUGUUACCUCUGGCUGGCCCGGAAGAGUUUGACGACGAAGAUAAUGACAAGUUACCUGUUGAAUGUCAAUAUUUGGGACCUGAUAAGAAACGCGAAGCUGAUCCAGAUGUGAGAAAAAUGCUCUUGGAAUCGUUGGCGCAGUUAUGUGCGACGCGAAAAGGACGUGAAAUACUCAGAGAACGCGGAACGUACCUAAUUUUACGAGAAUUGCAUAAAUGGGAAAACUCAGACGAAGGAAAUCCACAAACUUUGGUGGCCUGUGAGAACGUUGUUGAUAUUCUAAUUAGAACGGAAGAAGAAAUUGGUGAAGAUAACUUGAAGACACUUGAAAUUCCAGACGAUGUCAAAGACAAAAUUGAAAAAAUGGAGAAUUAAGCGAAAUAUUUUUAUAAAUAAAAAUGACAAAUUGCAAUAUAAUUUAGUCUUGUUGGAGUCCUCAUAUCGUCAGGUAUUGUUAAAAAGCCAAAAAAAUUAUAUUUGAAGUGAACUUUCACAUACAUUCGUACACAAAAGUUCAAAGUCAAAGUGAGUCAUUACAAGAAUUAAACUUU